AACUGUGAGAAAGUGUACCUUUGAAUAUGUCAUGAGUGAUUUGAUUAGCUUAUUCUUUGGUAACUAUUUUGUGAAGCAAAUCGAGAGGGGUGAUGAAUGAGUUAACGUCUGACUUGGGAUCAGCCUUUCCUACCCGAAUCCAAAACUAAAAAUAUAACAAAAACUGUUGAAACUGGCCCUGGACUAGCUGUUGGGCAGAGAGAAUCCGCCUACAUUAACGUUAUCGGCUACGCAGUCGUAUUCAUCGAACGCCUACACACAGAAGAACUACAAGAUGGCGCAGGCUAUAUUUGAAGUCCUGGAAGGGAUGGACAACCAGACAGUCCUGGCUGUCCAGUCUCUGUUGGAUGGCCAGGGAGGUGUCCCUGACCCAAACAACCAGAACAUCUCAGGCUCAUCUACCAUUCAGGCAAUGGAUGAUGAAGAUGUCUUUCUUUGUGGGAAGUGCAAGAAACAGUUCAACUCAUUGCCUGCAUUUAUGACCCACAAGCGAGAGCAGUGCCAGUCCAAUGCCCCUUCCCUGUCUACAGUAUCACUGGCAUCUAGGAACGCCUACACCCCUGUGCCCUCCAUUAGCUCUGUGCCACAGACCCCCGCCAACAGACAGGUAUCCACAUACAUCACAGUGCCUCCAUCUCCUCUUACUCACACACUGGUCCAAGGCAAUGUUUUAGUGAGCGAUGAUGUUCUGAUGUCUGCCAUCUCUGCCUUCACAUCCAUUGACCAACCCAUGGCAGCAAUGCAGCCACCUAUUCAGAGUAACCUGAGUAUGCACACAGGGGCAUCCUACCUUCAGCACCAUCAGCAGUCCUCCCACUCUCUCCCCCCCGGACAGUCUCAGCCUCUGUCCUCCCAGGUGCCAUCCAGUAUCAGCAACUCAGUGGUCCAGGUCUACAGCACAAUGCCUCAAAUGUCUGGGAGUGGUAGUGCAGAGAUUCACACCUUGGGUUUGCAGCUGUUCCAAUCUGUACAGGUCCCGAGUCAGUGUGUGGAGAGCCAGUCAUUCAAUACUCCUCCAGUAUACAGCCCUGGGAAGCAAGGCACCAAAACUAAAACCUGCAGCAUCACUGCAAACCUAACUGGGCUUGAGGAGUUUGACAAAGUGAUCAUUCCUAAACGACCCAAAAAUGGCAAGAAAGGCCAGGAUGGAGCAGUGGCAGAACAAAUGAAAGGAAAGUUGCAGAAGCUGAAGUGCAAUUUCUGUGACAAAGUCUUCUCCAAAAACUUUGAUCUCCAGCAACAUAUCAGAAGUCACACAGGGGAGAAGCCUUUCCAGUGCAUCGUAUGCGGCCGGGCCUUUGCCCAGAAGUCUAAUGUGAAGAAGCACAUGCAGACACACAAAGUGUGGCCCUCGGGCGUGGCCAGUACAGUGUCCAGACUGCCCAUCACAGUCAAGGUGGUCCCACUGUGUGCAGAGGAGGUCAUGGAGCAACAGGAGGAACAACAACAGGAGGAACAACAGCAUGAGGAGGAGGAGGAGCAGCCAGAAGCCCCAGGUAAGCCUGAGGAGAGAGACUGUGACUCCCAGACUGAUGUAGACAGCCUGGGUGAUGGUGACGGCAAGCACAACAGCCAGCAGGCUCAGACCAAGCAGAUCAUCCUGAUCGACAGCUCUUACCAGUGCCAGUUCUGUGCUGGCAAGUUCAGCACCUACUUCCAGCUCAAAUCUCACAUGACCCAGCACAAAGGAGAGCAGGUAUAUAAGUGUGUGGUGAAGACCUGUUCCCAGACGUUCCAGAAGCUGGAUCUGUUCCUGGAGCACACCCGGAUGCACCAGGAGCAGCUCACCUACCGCUGCCACCUGUGUGGCAAGGUGUUCCCCUCACUGUUUGAGCUGGGGGUGCACCAGUACUCCCACUGCUUCUGUCCCCAGCAGAACCCACGCAAGGAGACCACUUUCUAUAGGUGCGGGAAAUGCCAAAGCCGGUACUCCACGCAAGAGGCCUUGGAGCAGCAUUUGUUAAACGCCUCACAUAACUUCCCCUGCCCACAUUGCCAAAAGGUUUUUCCUUGUGAGAGGUAUUUCCGGCGGCACCUGCCCACACAUGGUAUCGGAGGAAGGUUCAAAUGUCAGAUAUGUACAAAGUUCUUCAAAACAGAGCACUACCUCAAACUGCACACUCGUAUCCACUCAGGAGAAAAGCCAUACCAAUGUUCUGUUUGUGAGGCCAUGUUCAACAGGAAGGACAAGGUGAAGAGGCACAUGCUCAUUCAUGAGCCCUUUAAGAAAUACAAAUGUCCAUUUCGGACACAUGUUGGCUGCAUUAAAGAGUUUAACAGACCAGACAAGCUGAAGGCACACAUACUGUCUCAUUCUGGUAUCAAGCCCUAUAAAUGUGGGUACUGCCAGAAAGCUUUCAGCAGAAGAGCCCACAUGCUUGAGCACCAACGCUCCCACACAAACAACUAUCGUUUCCGAUGUGCCACCUGCAAAAAGGGCUUCACCCGACAGAAGUAUUACAGAGACCACAAGUGCCCCAUGGCAGGGGCUGCGGUGGAGAAGGACAGGGCGGAGAAAAGAGUGACGAGGCAGGGACAUGGAACAGAGGGGAACGAGGGGUCAAAGGUGGAAGAGGUGGAUGAAAAGGAGGGCGACGAGGAAGAUGAUGAAGAGGAGAGGAUUGAGGACCCUCAGGUGGUCAGUUGUCCCAGUUGAGGAUCUGUCGGCGGGAGGAGAGGCAGAGCUAGAGGAACACUUUGGAGACUGCUGAGUGAGACUGGCUGGUUACAGCAGAGCACCCAUGUUCGUAGAGACAGUGGAUUGAGUUCUGAGUUAGCUUAGGUACCAGUCUGUUUAGCUAACAUUCCACACCUUGUCUCCUUGUCAAAUGCCAACGUUUUGCAUGACAGGAGUGGAAGGAUAGCUAAACAGACUAGUGCCAAGACUAGGCCUGAGUUAUUCAAGCAGAAUCUUGAAAAAAUUGUCCUGAGACUACCUUUGCAUAUGGAAGGGAUUUGAAUCUCUCACUAUAUCGCUCCAAUUAAAUUAAAGGGGGUUCAAUAUUUGUUUUAUAUUAAAACAUUGAAGCUUUGCA